AUGAGCCCUUCGGAAGAACUCACAGUUACAGCCAUUCGACUCUUGUCCAUUUUUGUCAGUUGUAUAUUUGCCUUAAUCACCACUUCUAUCAACAUAUCCGUGCUUGUUCUCACUUCACUCACCUUACUUUCGCUUACUCAAUCCUUUCAGUGCCGGGAUCGCGUGACGGGUGAAAGCAUGGAAUGCCGUUUGUGUGGGCAAGCUGAUCCGCUCACAGGUAGUGUGUAUGAUUGUAAGGGCCGCACUGAAGCCUUUCAUCAUUCUCUUGCUGGGUUUUCAAGCCCAGUUGUCUGGCUGAUCUUUGCCGCAUUCCACCUAGGCAAAGCAGUAGAAGUGACUCAGCUGGGAAGACGCAUGUCAUUACUAAUGAUCAAAUUAUUUGGGAAGCAUAUCAUUGGACUGGCAUAUGCUAUCCUUUUCUCAGAGUUACUAUUGGGCCCCUUUGUGCCUAGUAAUACCGCGCGAGGCGGGGGUAUCGUCUUGCCUAUUGUUCGUUCAAUUGCUGCAAGUCUAGGAUCAACGCCCUUGAACGAUCCAAAGCCAGGUAGCUACCUCAUGUUGAUGGGUGCACAUGCCAAUCUUCUUUCAGCUUCCAUGUAUCUCACAGGUAUGGCGCCUAAUCCAAUUGUUCUUUCUAAAGCGACCAAACUGUUUCCCGAUCUAAAGUUUGAUUUUACGACUUGGCUUAUCGGAAGUAGUGUGCCUGUCUUAACCUGCGCUAUUCUCCUGCCUUUCCUUUUAUACUGGCUAUGUGGGCUUUAUGGAAAGAAAGAUAGGAUUGGAAAGGAAGUGAUUGAACAUGCUAAAAAGGAAUUGAGUGAUAUGGGAUCUAUGUCAAUGAAAGAAUUCCAACUCUGUUUUGUUCUGUUGAUGUGCUUGGCUUUGUGGGUGACAUCAAAUUAUACCAACAUGGACUCUACUCUAGUCGCCCUGAUCGGAAUUGUUAUCUUGCUCCAUCUAAAGACAAUUGAAUGGAAGGAUAUUGCGACAAAUACGAGUGCAUGGGAAACACUCUUUUGGCUAGGUGGAUUAAUAACAAUCGCAGGGCAGCUUUCAGAAGCAGGCGCUUCUACCUAUCUAGGUCUCAAGAUAUCACAUGCCAUCAGUCAUUUCCAUUUACCAGCAGUUCCAGCCCUCGGUAUUGCCUAUUUCCUCACAACGUUUAUGUUUUCUUCCCUUAGUGCUCAUACCAUUGCCUUUGCGGGUACCUUUCUAGAUGCCGGUCAUGCACUAGGAGCUAAUCCGAUGAUACUCACUUGCUUGGUUGCCUAUUUUGGUGCUCUCAGUGGCUGCAUGACAAACUUUUCUACAGGAACAGUUGCCAUGUACUUUGCUCCUGAAUUUGUGUCUUCUUCCAAAUGGUUUAGGAUUGGCGGUCAAUUAGCUGUAUUUUAUCUUUUUAUUUACUUUACUAUCGGUCUCGGAUGGUGGAGUCUUCUCGGCUGGAAUUCAAAGACUUGA